AUGAUGAGUUCCGGUGGAUGGGACGGCCAGGACCACCACAUGGGCGGGGCCUCGGACGAUGAUUUCGGUCACUUCCUCGACAUGUCAAACAUCGGCGACGGCAUGCAGUUCGACUUCAACUCCUUCCAGAAUGGCUCGGAUAACCAGACACUCAUGGCCUCUCAAGAUCAUGCCAACCCCAUGAUGCAUCCAGGCCAUGCCCACGCCCACGCCCACUCGCACUCGCACUCGCACUCGACUGACUCCAUGACCCUGACUACGACGUCGACACCGCAGACCGCGACGCCAACCACGACGGUCCCGAGCCAGAUGAUGCCCAUCUCGGCCCCCAACACCGACCCCAUCUCGACGAUCGACGCCCAGAUCCAGUACCUGCAGCAGCAGAAGUUCCUGCAGCAGCAGCGCCAGCUCCAGGAGCAGCGCAACGCCUACUUCACCACCCAGAACCACUCGGUGCCCCCGACCCCCCAGAGCCUCGAGAUGCCCCCCGGCAGCGGCCACUUCUACAGCCAUCCCGAUCACCUCCCCCAGGCUCACGACCUGUACGACUCCAGCUCCCUCCACCAGCGCCCCCUGAAGGAGCGGCACGACAUGGCCUUCACCCCGCUCGUCUCCCCCGCCGUCACCCCUCUGGACCCCCACUUCAGCGUGGAGAACGCGUUCGCCAUGCCCGGUGCCUACUUCAGCCCCCUCACCUCGCCGGCCCUCCACGCCCAGAACGACUCGAACUCGGUCUACGACGCCAGCACCCACUCCGACAACUCCCCCGUCGCCAUGGACCUCGAGCCUGCCGCCGCCGCCGCCGCCGCCGCCGCCGCCGCCACCCUCGAGCUCUCCAAGAAGGCCCGCAAGAACAGCGCGGCCAAGUCGAGAUCCAAGGGCGUCCGCAGCUCCCCCAUCACCAAACCUCAGCGUAGGAAGGCCGGUCCCAGUCCGGCCAUCGUGUCGCACGUCCUGAGCGAAGUCGACGAGACCGGCAGCCACGGCCAGCUCCCCCCCGGUGCCGAAAAUGACAGCACCAUGCUGCCGCUACCUGCGGCGUCGAUGUUGACCGACGGCUCCGAGGAGAACGCCUCGGUAUCGCCCGAGAACCUGACGGAUAUGCCUCCGCCGCCGGUCCCGUCGCGGAAGCCGUCGAACAGCAGGAAGGGUACCGGCAGCGCCGGCAAGUCGCCGUACAUGCGGCCCCAGGGAGCGGCCAACGCCCACGUCACCUCGGAUCCCUCGACGUCGGAGCCGUGGAGCACGCCUCCGGCCCAGGCCCACCCCGCCACACCGGCCUCGAUCAUGCGGCUGCCAGCGUCCAGGUCGAAGAAGGCCGCAGUCGGGCAGCACGAGCAGACGGCCACGGACAGUAUAGAGUCUCUGGAGCUGCCCGAGUCGCACUUCAAGUCGGCAUCGUCCACACCGACACCGAGGGAGUCUCCGCGCAUCGUGCCCUCGACAGAGAGGACCUCUACCGCGCCGCCGACGAGGCAGAAGCCACCGCCGUCGCCGGCAGCCACGCCGCGCCGGUCGGGGACGGCAUCGGCUAGCCAGAGCCCCAUGAUACAGCCGGGGGGGCCGAGCGGAGCACGGAGGACGCCACAGCUCGGGCCGCAGGUGGCGCCGCAUACGGGUAGGAAGCGGUCGACGGGCUCGGCGCACGCGUCGCCAGCGCUGCUGCCCCGCAUCUCGCCCAGCAUCAAGCCUCUGCUCCCCGGCGGCGACUCCAAGAUGCCGGAGGCGUCCCACCAGCUCCUCAUGUCCAAGUCCAACUACCAGAACAUACUGGAGGGCAACCAGGUGCCGGGGGUGACGUACCCGUCGGAGCUGUCGAGCCACCUGACGUCGAAGCGGACGUCGCACAAGAUCGCCGAGCAGGGGAGGCGCAACCGGAUAAACUCGGCGCUGCAGGACCUCCAUGACGUCAACGACCAGCCUCAGACUCUCCAUGAACGAGUUGACGGCUACGCGAAGCAUGCGGUUCGUGGUGGCACGGUAGUCUGCUCGGAGGAUAAUGUGGUCCUCGGUCGCAGCCGUGAUCCCAGUCGUAGUCGCAAUCCCACCUCCGCUCCCGCUCUCACUCUGAUCCUGAUCCUGAGCCUGAGCCUGAGCCUGAGCCUGAGCCUCGACAGGACCGGCUGCUGCCCAUCUACGGAUAGACAGGACCCUGUGCACGAGCGGUGA